AUGCUGAACAUUACCACCCUCAACAUAGUGGAGGAGCGUGUGGUGGGUCCCCGGGACCUCCAGGUGAGUGAGCUAGCCUACAGCAGUCUCAGGCUGACCUGGAGCCAGGCCACCGGAGACGUCACCGGCUACCGCCUUCUGGUCACCCCCCUCAGCCUCAAGGGACAGCUGCUGCCCAGCCUGCAGACACAGAUUGAUCUGAAAGGUGAUGAGAGGACAUCUCUAGUGACAGAGCUGACUCCUAAGACAGAGUACUCUCUGACUGUCUACGCUAUCUACCCCGGCCUCAUUGGAGACUCUGCCACCAUCAUCACACAGACACCCCCUGUGCCUCCUGUCUCAAACUUCCGUGUGAUCGAGGAGGGGCUCUUCUCUCUGAGGUUGGCAUGGACACGACCUCUAGGGAAGCUCGAGGGAUACAAGAUCUUCAUCCCCAGAUCCAACAGGCCAGGGCUGACCUAUGAGCAGGUGCUGCGCGGCGACACCUCCUCCCAUGUGAUUGACAGCUUGGAGGAGGAUAAGAAGUACACUGUCAGUAUCUAUGCUGUCUACCCCGAGGGCCCCAGCGAACCUGUCUCGAUCGUCGGCAAAACACUGAAACUGGUGCCAGUGCAGCAGUUCCUGGUCCAAAACGCCACCACAGACACAGUCCAAGCCCGCUGGGGCUCAGUGAAGGGGGCCUCGGGGUAUCGCCUCACCUGGUCCUCCUCAGAUGGCCAUAGAGAGAACGUGAACCUGGGGGAGACCUAUAACUUCUACAUGAUCCAGGGCCUCCACCAAGGCACUGAGUACACCAUCACCAUCAACCCCAUCUUUGUGGACAUCGAGGGCCCUGUCACCUCUACCCCAGCCAAGACACUGGAGAGCAGUGCAGUCCAGACUCUGAAGGCAUCGGCAGUGAACACCAACAGUGCUGUGGUCUCCUGGAACUCUGUCUCUGGGGCCACCGGCUACAGACUAGCCUGGGGGCCCACUCCAGAGUUUGUGGGUCGGGACCGUCCUAGGCAGCUGGCUCUGAACGGCUCUACCACAGAGUACCUUCUGAAGAACAUGGUCCAUGACACAGAGUAUGUCCUGUCUCUCUACGUCCUGUUUGGAUCGCUGGUGGGACCCGGCGUCUCAGCUACCUUCCGCACAUCUCCUUUGGGAUAUGUGUCUAACUUCCAAGUGACUUCCUACACCAGUUCCUCCAUCGACGUGGAGUGGAGUCCCAUCGUGGGGUCCACCGAGUACAAACUCACCUGGAACAUCGAUGGCAACACUCCCCAGUCCCAGUAUCUGGACCGCAGUGUUCUGUUCCACCGCAUUGAGGGCCUCAACCCAGAGACGGUCUACAUAGUUAGCAUCCACGCUGUCUACGGCAACACAGAGGGGCCAGAAAUCUCCCUCUCACAGCUCACAGCAUCGGUGACAGAAUCAGAGCUGAUCCAGGCGGUCAAGGAGGUGAAGGUGGUGGAUGUCGGAGUCAACUCCUUCAAACUGGCCUGGAGGAGAACACCUGGGAUCACUGGCUACAAGAUCUCCUGGAGCCCCUUCCAUGGUGACGAUGAGAAGUCCCAGCUAGUCUCUUCCUCCACUACCGCCUUCACCAUUCCUAAGUUACAGGAGAGCUCUGCCUAUAAGAUCCAGGUGGCGUCUUUGGUGGGGGGCCGAGAAGGGAGCCCGUUCCUGGUCACUGCACGCACCUUGGACCUGCCCAAAGUGAACGGCUUCGCAGCGCUGGACACCACAGACAGCAGUACCUCCCUCAACUGGAUCAGCGUUGCCGGGGUUUCUGGGUACCUGCUCUCCUGGAGGCACAUCUCAGGGUUGGACACCAAAAAGGAGAAGCUUGGCCCUGCUGCCACCAUGUUUAAGCUGAGUGAUCUGCUGUAUGGCAGGACCUACGUCUUCACCAUCAGACCUCUGUAUGGAGAGGUGGAGGGACCCAUCAACUCUAUCUACCACAAGAUAGUGGCCAAAGACCGUCCUCUUGUGCCUGUCCAGUCUUUACCCUCCACGCCUGCCCCUCUCCCCCCUCACACCCUCUCCGCCUCCCACCCCAACGCAGCCAACACCACCACGGCCCACUCCCCCAUCACCAAAGCCCCCUCCAAGGCCACUACCGCUGCCGCCAAGAAACCCCCAAGCACCACCAUUGUCAAAACAGCUGCAACCACCACCAGCGUCGGCCAUCUCACCACCACUACCAGAAACAUAUUGGUUUUGGAUACAGAGACAACUGUUGGACCAGGGCCAGUGUGCGGUAAGGUGAAGGCAGACAUAGUGUUCCUGGUGGAUGAGUCGUGGAGCAUCGGAUCCAAUAACUUUGCCAAGCUCAAGGACUUCCUGUUCCGGGUUGUCACCUAUUUCCCUGUGAUUGGUCCUCAGGGUACACAGAUAGCAGUGGUGCACUACAGUGAUGAACCAAGGAUAGAGUUCAAACUGAAUGACUACAAGAACAGGAACUCUGUACUAAAGGCUCUGAGAGGAAUACGCUAUGGAGGAGGCAACACCAAAACAGGGAAGGGGAUGAGCUACGUUCUGAAGGAGCUGUUCCAGGAGUCUCUGGGGAUGAGGCAGGAGGUGUCCCAUGUCUUGGUGUUGCUGACAGACGGCCGGGCCGUGGACGAUGUGGAGCAACCCUCCAGGAUAGCACAGGCUUAUGGCGUGAGUGUGCUGGCCAUCGGGGUGGCCAACGCAGACAUGGACGAGCUGAAGAAGAUAGCGUAUCCAGCCAGCUACCAGAACAUCUUCUACGCCAGGGACUUUGACGACUUCUCCUCCAUAGAGAGAAAGUUCAUCAGCAACAUCUGCAGCGAGGCGCUGCACUCAGAGUUCAGACAACACGACGAGUCUGCCCAGCUGGACUCUCCAACUGAUGACCCUGAUGAGCUGACCAAACCCCAGGGCCCCUGCCCCUUACAGUGCAAGGGGCAGAAAGGUGAAAAGGGAGAUGGCUCUGGUAAUGGUGGACUGAGACUCCAGCAAAACACUGCGAUGUUUGAGUCAUUUGGCCUCAAGUCCAAAGGAGAGAAAGGAGAGAGAGGACUUCCUGGAACAGAUGGUAUCCCCGGGUUGCCAGGACGACCAGGACGAACCGGACCCCCAGGUUCAGCCGGACAACGGGGUUUAGAAGGUGUUCCAGGUGAUAUGGGGCCUCCUGGUAUCACUGGUCCAAAAGGCCAGAGAGGAGAGAGGGGGGAGCCUGGGUAUGUCAUAGGGGGCAUAGGAGACGGCCAUUAUGUUCCUGGACGAAAGGGAGAGCCUGGAUCAUCAGGACCCCAAGGGGCUCCGGGUGUACCAGGGGUCUCUGGACCCUCAGGCCUACCUGGACAGUCAGGUUCACCUGGGUCCCCAGGGAUAUCCGUUAAGGGGGAACAUGGAGAGGCAGGUGCUAAAGGUUUGCGUGGGAAAGCAGGGGCCAAAGGAGACAAAGGAGAUCACGGUAAAGAUGGCCAAGCAGGGUUACCUGGUCCCAUUGGAAUUGAUGGUGUUCCAGGCUUCCCAGGUCAAAAGGGAAAUAAGGGAGAGGAGGGGAUCGGGGUUCCCGGUGUCCAGGGCCCUCUUGGAGAGCCAGGGGGGAAGGGAAAUAUAGGCCUAUCAGGACCUGAGGGACCAAAGGGAGAUGCUGGUGUUCAAGGGAUACAAGGGGUUGUCGGACCACGGGGGAAGAAGGGCGUGAAAGGCAGCCAAGGGGAUAAGGGCGAUCGAGGAGAGCUGGGGCCUAUGGGACCACAGGGAGUGACAGGCUUUGCAGGGGCUGUUGGGCAUAAGGGUGACGAGGGACAGAGAGGAGUUCCUGGUGACCCAGCCAAAGGGAUCAUUGGUCCCACAGGAAAGAAGGGUGCCAGGGGUGAAAUUGGUCCCGUCGGUCCGACCGGACCCCAGGGAGUAAAGGGGGUCCAAGGAGUCAAAGGAGAAAAGGGUAGUCCUGGGUUCGGCAUUCCUGGACAGCAGGGACCAAAGGGAGAAAAUGGUGAAAGGGGAAAUGUUGGCUUGUCUGGGAAACCUGGACCCAAGGGGCGUGAUGGCUCUAAAGGGGAAGAGGGGACUGUUGGGGUCCCCGGGAAUCCUGGAGCACCAGGACUAAGAGGUAAAGAUGGUGUGCCUGGAAUCAAAGGAGAAUCAGGACUACGGGGAGAACAGGGAUCAGCUGGUGAGCCUGGUGAGAGAGGAAUAAGGGGCCCACUGGGGUUACCGGGACGACCAGGGGACCCAGCAGAGAAAGGAGAUACGGGGAACAUUGGUUUGCCUGGAAUGGAGGGAAAGAAAGGAGAGCCUGGAAAACCAGGACCUCCGGGAGGCGCGCAAUUCAGUUCAGACAACAAUAUCCUGACCAGGGUGAUCAAGGGUGAACCAGGAGAUCCCGGAGAGCUCGGUCUCAGAGGGGAGACAGGUCUGCCUGGACAAAGGGGUCCUGAGGGAAAACCAGGUCCACCAGGAACGGUAGGGUCUGGGUCAGGGAGAGAUGGUCUGGAUGAGUUACCAGGAAAACCUGGAUCCAAGGGUGACCCAGGAAAGACAGGCGAGCCAGGAACGAGGGGAGAGAAAGGAGAACAAGGCAGGGUGGGGAUUGCUGGAAUGCCCGGGUUACCUGGGACCCCAGGGAGACCUGGCAUUGAUGGAAAGAGAGGACUGGCUGGAAAAGAUGGAGAACAAGGACUAAGAGGAGUUGAUGGCAAAAAGGGUGAUAAUGGUGAAUCUGGAACUGAUGGGAAAAAAGGGGAAGCGGGUGCUCCAGGCCCACCUGGUACCCAUGUUCUGGUCACUCAACAUGAGGGUGCCACCCUUGAAGAGAUGAGACAGGCAUUCCCUAUGCCAAUGGGACCUCCUGGGGCUAAAGGUCCACCGGGGAUGAAGGGAGAGCAAGGUGAGAGGGGAUUGAAAGGAGAGAAGGGUGACGCUGGUCUUCCAGGGAAAGCAGCUGAGAUGAAGAACAUUGAAGUCAUGUUUGAAGACUAUGGCAUAAGGCUGCCCUUGCUGAAGGCACUGAUUGACAGGCUGCUGCAGGACGGCAUGGAGGAGCUUCUGCAGGAGCUAACCACCUCUAGGAGAGCCAAGGAGAAGGAGGAGAAACACGGCUCCAACAUUAUCACUGACUACACAAGCUCUGUAAAGGAUGAGGUCUCCAAGGAGCCUCUGACAGAGAUGGACACCAUAGAGGAGGCUGACUCUGACCUAGACAGACAGCUACCAGAACCUAACUCUGAUGCUUUGAAUGAAACGGCGGAAGGCCCCACAUUCUGGGGUGUCACCACUCCUAAUGCCCUUAAUGGGGACCAAGACGUGGGGAGGAUCGAGAGCACCUCUAAGGGGAUAGAGCGGACACUGACAGUGGACGAGGACUUCAGUGAAGCUCCCACGCCCAAGUUGACUUUAUCAAACUCAACAUUUAACCACACUACGUCCGAAGAGAGGGUCUCUGAGGUAUCAGGGGCAAUAGUAGAAAUUGUUCUCCUCAGUGGGGAAGACUCCUUGAAGAAAAAGAAGAGUCGAGAACGGAAGGGCAAGGGACAGAAAGGACGACAUAAGAGGCAAAGACAACGCCUGACGAGUACGGAGGAGGCGGAGGAGGCGGAGGAGGAGGAAUUUAACGAUGGGGAAGAAUACAGUUAUGAAUAUGAGGAUUCCACAGAUGAUCCCUUACUGUCAGUGGAGCAAGAGGAGUUUGAAAUCACAACAGAAAGCACACUACAUGGAAUGAGCAAAGAGAGUGGCCUGACAACUUUAGGUCCAUAUCCAUCCCAGUCACCGGGAGACAGAGAAAAGCAGGGGGAAUUCACCACACCUAUCCUUCCCAGCACCACGGAAGAAACAGAGAAGGGGAGCCCAUCUCAUGUCCGGGUCAGAGUAAAGAAGAGCGCCUCCUGGCCUGAUUACAUGGCAUACAUGCCAGGAACUGCCGGAGGAAGAAAUCGAUACCAUGACGGACAAAAAUCACAGUCGGGAGCAAGAGGUUCCAAGAAAUUAAAUAGACAGAAACAAGAAAACAGAGACCCUCAGCCUGACCCUGAAUCAUAUACAGAGAGGGAGGUCGACUAUGAGACAGAAAGAGACUGGGAGACACCAACAGAGAUGGAGGGAGAGAGAGAGGGAAAGGAUGGAGAGGAGUGGGAGAGACGGAGGCAGGUGAUGGAAAGAGAGAGAGGAAGACAAGAAGAGUAUGAGGAGGAAGGAGGAGGAAGACCCUAUCCAGGGCCAGAAUAUGACUAUUUGAAGGGUGCACCGGGUGAAAAUGGACUUCAGGGACCCAAGGGGGAACUUGGUGAAAAGGGACACAAGGGUGAGCCAGGUAUUGGCCACAGAGGUCCUGUGGGACAGGCUGGUCCACCCGGAACUAAGGGUGAGCCUGGUGAACCGGGGCCCUCUGGAGCUCAGGGUAUUCAGGGUGUCCGUGGUAACCCCGGUAUCUCAGGUUCUCAGGGCCUGAGGGGCCAACCAGGAGACCCAGGAGAGGCGGGAAGAGAGGGGGACAGGGGUAGAAGGGGUAAGAACGGAUCAUCCGGGACUCCAGGAACUAAAGGGAAAACUGGAAUAGAGGGUCCACCUGGUCUACCUGGGAUGAAAGGAGAUAAGGGUGACAGUAUCCCGGGGGAACCAGGCGUCAGGGGUGUGGUCGGGAUCACAGGUCGCAGGGGUGAAAAGGGCACUGCAGGAGUCUUAGGAGCCCCAGGUCACACUGGUCCAAAGGGCUUCCCGGGCAGCAAAGGAGCAAAGGGUGACAGAGGUUUAGCAGGAGUACAAGGAGAGAGGGGAAGCCCUCUCCAAAUCCAGGGACCCAGAGGCUACAAGGGCUUAAAAGGAGAAGGGGGAGAGCGAGGCUCCCCAGGUUUCGAUGGAGAUAAAGGCGAGAAGGGAGAGGACGGGCCCCCGGGGUUUAAGGGCCUCAAAGGAGAGGCAGGGGCCAAAGGAGCCAUGGGGCUGUUUGGGGUCCGCGGACCAGUGGGCCAGAAGGGAGAUACUGGCGAGCCUGGAGUCAAUGGAGAAGUGGGUCGUAACGGGGACGAUGGAUUGGACGGAGCCACAGGAGCCAAAGGAGACAUGGGUCUCCAGGGACAGAAGGGAGAUCAGGGUGACAGAGGUGAACCUGGCUUACCAGGGGAUACUGGGCAGACAGGAGAGAAGGGAUUCCGAGGCCUACCUGGACGCAUAGGAAGCACUGGGCUAGAUGGAGAAAAGGGAGAGAUGGGGAUUCCUGGAACCCCAGGACUUCCAGGGAUCAAUGGACUCACAGGACGGAAGGGUGGAAAAGGGAACGGGGGUAUCAAUGGAGUAGAGGGAGCCCCAGGACUGAAAGGAGAGAAGGGCACCACUGGUUUCCCAGGGUUCCCUGGGUUUAAGGGGUCAGCAGGGACACCAGGAAGUGAUGGAGCGGAGGGGCGACCAGGACAUAAUGGGUCCAAGGGAGAGACAGGAACCAAGGGAGAGAGGGGCAGGAGAGGCAGAGGGAAGCCUUGUCAGACAGGACCACCUGGAACUCCAGGACAAAGAGGAGGCAGUGGAGAGCUUGGAAACGAGGGACUAAAGGGAGAGAAAGGGGAACCUGGACUCUCUGCUGAGGAGGUGAAGGAGCUGGUCAACCAAGAGGUGGUGAACCAGUGUGCGAUGGACUUGAAGUUUGUGGCGAAGUCCAAGGACCCGGAUGCUGAGAGCAUGUUGAGUGAGAGGGAGCCGGACGAGCAUGUAUCCAUCCUAACUCGCAGCCUACCUGAGGAUGAGAUGGAAGAGGAAGAGGAAAUACUUGAAAAGGAGCUGGUAGGAUCAAACACUCCUCCCCCCGUCCCCUUGCGAGAGGAGGGGACCCCAGGUUAUGGCAACCUUACCGACUUGACCCCUGACCCCUGCCUGCAGCCCAUGUCAGAGGGGGGGUGUUGGGAGUAUGUCCUGCUGUGGUACUACCACCACCGCUCCGGGGAGUGCCGGCCGUUUGUCUACGGGGGCUGUGAGGGCAACCACAACCGCUUCAACACCAAACACGAGUGUCAGAGGUGGUGUGGGAAAGAGAGGAGAGGUCUUGAGCCUAGAAGGUGAGAGAGAGCCCGCCAAUCAAGACAAUUCUUUUUUGUAAAUGCCACAGUGUAAAAUGUUAGAAUUUUUGUGCAGAUCUGUUUUUUUAUAUUUAAAGUAAACUAAUGAUUACCCACACUUGAGAGAAAUGCCCAUAUAGACCAGAACUGCAUGGGUUUCAAAUAUUUGCAAAAUCAUUUGAAAUGCUUUAUCUGUGCCUGUUUGAGCUUGCCUGGAUUAAUAACCCAAUAGAAAAGUCCCAAAACUGCAAAACCUUGCCCAUCUGGCAGUCUCAAGCAAAUGCUCAAUGGAUUUCUCAAGUAUUUGAACCCAGGUCUGAUAUAGGCAUUAUAACUUCUAUGGACGAUGAGAAUUAUAAUAAUUACACAUUCAUAACAUUCACUCACCAUGUGAAUGUUAUGAAUGUGUUCUUUCAUGUUGUAUGUUUUAAUCAAAAGGCAGCCUGCCGUUCUGUAGUACUACUUCAUUUGUUCUAGCUGUUUAAAUUCUGAGUUUUUAACACUUAAACCCUGAUACUACUGAAAGAUUUGUAUUGUAUUGGUACAUGAUUCUACACCAAUGGCACUGUUUAUGUGAAUUGAUAAUGAGUAUUUACUAUUUUAAUGUGUGUCAUUAAAUCACAAC